GACUGAAGAUCUGCUGCUGCAGCUCUUGCUUUAAGACAGAGUUUCCAAACUUCAGUACUAUCAAUAGAACACCAUGAGGAACAUUGCGAUCGCUGUUGCAUUCACAUUGGUGUCUUUCACUGUGAUCAGCCAUGUUACAGGAUCUGAAAGCACAAUCUCUAACUCCACAAACCAUGGCAGUAGCAUUUCCUCAGAGUGUUCAGACGUCAUGGCAGCCUGCAGUAUGGCUGCAAAGUGCUGCCAGAUGGGAGUGACUGACUAUGGCUGGACAGCUGCAGCAGUGGGCUGGGGCCUCUGGUUCCUCACUCUCAUCCUGCUCUGUGCCAACAAGCUCAGUAAAAUGGGAGUCGACGAACAGAAAAAGUACAUGCGAGCCUGAGGACUAGGGCCGGAAACCAGAAAUGAAACAGUUUUACUGACUAUGACUUUCCUAUAAGCUCAACUGUAACUUUCACUAUUAACCUUCAAGUGUCCUCAGACACCAGCAUAAAAAAGUCACCUGGUAACUGUAUUAUGUUCCCAAAGGUAUUACACUCCAACCUUUAUUAGCUUCAGUGACUCUUUCAUUCAUUUAGUUGUACUUUUAUUUUCUCAUACAGUUUUUGAAGCUACAACACUGUAGGGAAUCCUUCACCUCUAUAGUGGUUUGCACUUAUUAAUGUCCCCCAUGUAUUUAUUUCCAGUUAGAACCUUGGUGAGUGAUAGACACUCCUCUGAAUGGGACUGUAGUGAUGUGGGUAGUCUCCUGUCACAUGCUAGGUAGCAUAGGCUGGGGGGAUGUCCUCCCAUGUACAAAACGAGUGCCAGCUUCAACUACGUAAAUAGUUUUCUGUUUGGUAGGGUUAAAAUCCCAAUACCUGCCAUGAGAAUGGUCUCACCGAUUCCUUCCAUUCUUGCCGUGUGAGAAUGUGCCCGGAGUUGAGGAAACUUGAAACCUCAUUGGUUUGCCAGUUGGUCAGUGAGUUAUGCUCUUUAGUUAAUUACAGUCCACCUGCGUAGUACAGUACAUGUGAGUAAAGCUGGGUGUGUUGUGUAAUGUGCUUUUAUAGACGUCCUAAACUGGGCAGGGUAGUUCUUGUUUGUUUGUAAAUUGUAAAGCCUGUGUUUGUUUUAUUUAAUUGAUGGUUUUACUAAAAAAUAAAAUUGCCUAAAAAUUGUUUCAUUUCUAAUAUUGGUAUGUGUUAUUCCUGCCUGACCAUCAGCCAACCUAUCACAGGGACACUAUGUUAAUUGCAGAGUCGGGGAAACUUCUUGCGAACAGUCUGGAACUGCUCUUCAGUUCUAGACAUAUGUAAUGCACUCUAGAUCAGCCAGUGUCUUUAUAUUAGUAAGCACCAGCAAUAUCUAGGGCUCAGCAGUUUACUCUGCCAGAAAAACAAAACUUGAUCCAAUGUUGGAGAUCACUAGACGGCGCUUGCUCUUACUUCUAUAAAGACAUUAGCUGAUCUAGCCUGUGUUACCUGUAUCUAUGGCAUGCCACAAGAACUGAAGAGCACUGUAGCCCCUUAUCUGAAAUUAAAGCACCUUAACACAGGCUCAUCAAAAAAAUAGUAUUAAAUAAGAACUCAGAAGGAUUGCAUAGAUAAAAAAAAAAAGGUAAGGAUGACUUUUCCUAA